UACAGGGGGAGGACAGAGGGGUGCUUAGGUCAUGGCCCUACAGCCAUGGGCCUGCAGGAACACCCCUGGUUGGGCAGUGAGGGGACCUCUCAGUGGAAGGGUUUUAGAAAGGACUUCUUAUAGGAUGUGGGCUUGUAUCACACAGUUUUACGGUGGGUUUAGGAUAUGGGCCUUUGCUUUGAAUUAGGUGGAGUCAGAAACUGGGGAUAAAUCUGUGAUUGUGUGUUUUAAUAAUUUUUACAAAGAAGGUAGGAACACAGUGGGAGGCUAAAAUGCACUGUGGCAAAUAACGAGCAUCCACACACUUGAACUUAAUAGGGUGGAGUUUGGGAAGGUGUUCAUGUCUCCUCUGUGUUCAGCCAUGAUCAAACGUUGUCUGUCUUGUCCUUAUCCAUCAUGGUUACGUAGCGGCCUUGCUGAUGUGGACGUUCAGUGACAUUGCUCACGUUCAGCAGGAGAACGCAGGGUCUGGUCAUAGCAACACAAGGCUUAGCUGUUUGUAUCAGGCCAGUUCCUGGAUGUCAUUCAUUCUAGGUUCGAGGUGGUGUCCCUGGGGUCUUAAGGGUCUUGAGACUGGACUUUUUGCCUGGUCCUAAUCCCCGGGAAUCAGCUCUGGGUCUCCUCUAUGGAGACCAUGUCAGUACUUCGAGCGUCCAUGUGGCCUGUAGAGCAGAGCUAGGAGUUGGUGUUAAACAGCAUCCACAGGUUACUUCUUGAAGGAUUCUUAGCUAUAGUAUUUAUUUGUUGUGUGCAAUGGGAGAGACUCAUGCUGUUUGACGGUUUCAUAGUUUCAUGCAGGAGAACACACGGUCACAUCACAUCCUUAAGCACGCACAUGAACCUGGGAACAGCAGAGCUGUUCGCCUUACCCUGGCGAUCGGAUUUGUGUUGCCCACCCUGAGGCGUUGUGGAAUUCUGAAUCGUCUUCCCAGUCAGCAAAGAAGUCUGCAGGUUCCCCUUCUCCCUUCUGCCAGGCACUGCACCGUGGGCAAGUCACUACACCUCCAUGGGCCCUGACCCUGGUUUCAUACGAGCAGCUCAGUGAAAUAACCGCUGCCCCUAAUCAAACCUCUGUCAUUGUGCUUUUGUGAUUGUUAAAAGAAACACUGAAAUAAAUAUUUUCUUCCCACAGAAUUAUUUGGGAAAGAAAAUCAUGAAUUAAGAAUAGCAGGAGGCGCAGUGAGGGAUUUAUUAAAUGGAGUAAAGCCUCAAGAUGUGGAUUUUGCUACCACUGCAACGCCGACGCAGAUGAAGGAGCUGUUCCAGUCCCUCGGCGUCCGGAUGAUAAACAACAAAGGAGAGAAGCAUGGGACAGUCACCGCCAGGCUUCAUGAAGAGAAUUUUGAAAUUACUACACUACGGAUCGAUGUCGUCACUGAUGGGAGACAUGCUGAGGUGGAGUUCACAACUGACUGGCAGAAGGAUGCUGAACGCAGAGAUCUCACUAUAAAUUCUAUGUUUUUAGGCUUUGAUGGUACCUUAUAUGACUACUUUAAUGGUUAUGAAGAUUUAAAAAAUAAGAGAGUGAGAUUUGUUGGACAUGCUAAACAGAGGAUACAAGAAGAUUUUCUUAGAAUUUUAAGAUACUUCAGGUUUUAUGGGAGAAUUGUAGACAAACCUGGUGACCACGAUCCUGAGACUCUGGAAGCAAUUGCAGCAAAUGCAAAAGGCUUGGCUGGAAUAUCAGGAGAGAGAAUUUGGGUGGAACUGAAAAAAAUUCUUGCUGGUAACCAUGUAAAUCAUUUGAUUCACCUCAUCUACGACCUUGAUGUGGCUCCUUAUAUAGGCCUACCUGCUAAUGCAAGUUUAGAAGAAUUUAAUAAAGUCAGUAAAAAUGUUGAAGGUUUUUCACCAAAGCCAAUGACUCUUCUGGCCUCAUUAUUCAAAGUACAGGAUGAUGUCACAAAGUUGGAUUUGAGGUUGAAGAUUUCAAAAGAAGAGAAAAACCUUGGUUUAUUUAUAGUUAAAAACAGGAGAGAUUUAAUUAAAUCAACAGAUAAUUCAGAGCCAUUGAAACCCUAUCAAGACUUCAUUAUAGAUUCUAGAGAGGCUGAUGCAACCGCCCGUGUGUGUGAGCUACUGAAAUACCAAGGGGAGCACGCUCUCCUGAAGCACAUGCAGCAGUGGUCCAUCCCUCCUUUUCCUGUCAGUGGCCAUGACAUCAGAAAAGUGGGCAUUUCUUCAGGAAAAGAAAUCGGGGCUCUACUCCAGCAGUUGCGAGAACAGUGGAAGAAAAGUGGCUACCAAAUGGAGAAGGAUGAACUUCUGAGUUACAUAAGGAAGACCUAAAGUGGACGGCAGCUGCUACUGAACAGAAAAUUUGGGCAUUACUAAGAUGGAUCUUACAAAGGGGUAACUGUCUUAAACAAGUGUUUGCAACUGAAAGAACUGAGUUAUUUAAGGUCUUAUCUGAAUUACAGAAUAAUCUUGUGCCUGAAAAUAGGUGACAGAUCUGCAUGAAAUGUCCUAUUUAGAUAUGUCCCAGGGGGCUGGAAUUUGUACAAGGUGUGUUGGACUGGUUUGUUGAGGUUGUUGACACAUCCUGUGAGUGAUUUCCUUCACUGUGCACUCCAAGCCUGGGAAAGGUUAGCUUGAGGGUUCUCCUCUUGGGCCUGUUAUUUUUUCAUAAGCAUUUUCCCUGGGUUUGGAAGAUCAUGUGUGUGUGGUACCUGAGUAUCAAUCAGGUGGCCUGUAUAUGCAAGUGACAAUACCCCUGCCCUUUGGAGUCCAUUUCUUUCACUAAUGAAGAGGGUAGGCCUAUAUAAUUUCGUCUUUCAAGAUUUGAGCCCUAAAUGUUUUUCAGUGGGUAAAUAGGUAUAUAGCACAAAUGUUAUUUCAACUGUGACAUUCUGGUUUUCCUUACUGUGUGGGCAAAUACCAAUUUCAGAUCUUAGGUUCUGUUGAAGCCCAGCUAACAGGAAGUGUGUGUGACACGCUACACUGCACUCAGCUCAGUCACCUAAGUGCUACCCUGAGACACAUUUGUACCCAACAUUGUAGAAUCCCAGGUUUGUCAUGUACAAAAACACUUAAAAUAGUAGUAUAUGCAUAUUUUUAUGUAUCAGAGAAGUUUAUUUGCAAGUGUCAAUUUAGCAGUCUAAGUAAACCCUGCAGGGGGCAAAUGUUCCCUCUGCCACUGCUUUAGAUGGUGAUGUAAAGGUGCUGCUAAGAAGACAAAGUACAGUUUGCAAGAAACAUUACCACCACCUUGGGCUUGUGAAACAAGGCCUAGGCUAAAAAACUGACAGCAUUCUUGAGCUGCUCUUCCUUUACGUACAUACGCAACAGAACACACAGUUUGUGGUAAAAGACAAAAAGCAUAAAAGUUUUUGACCUAACAGUUUUCCCAAAGUUUAUAGUACACAUGUGAAAGGAUCCAAUAAAACCUUGAAGGUUUAGGCAAAGAGGUAGGUAGCAAAUUGGUCUAUUCUAGAACUUGAAAAUUAUUUCUUAGAUCUAAGUUAUGUGCUUAUGAGUAGUUGUAUAUUAUUUAAAAUGAAUGUUUAAUUUCAUUUGUCUCUUAAAGAGUCUCAACUCUGAACAAAACAACCUUUAACUUAUCCCUUCUAGUGUCUGUGCUUCAGAGUUCACUGUACCAAAGUUUAAGGUGAACCUAAUCACAAUCAUAGUUCAAACACGCACAUGAAAACAGAGGGGGGUGGGGGGGGAAUGGGGGAGCAGCCCAGAAUGUAUAUCUUUUAACUCUCUUUAAUAUAUUUUCAAAAUUUACAAAUGAGUAUCAGAAGUAUUCAAACAAAAUUAAAAUAACAUUGCUUGGACAUGUGCUAGCUACUCUAGCUUUUGGAACUUGAGCUAUUUGGAGCACUGAUAAAGACAUGCUAUUCCAUUCAGAAGCAGAUGAUUAAUACCUCACAUUGCAGGAAAUGCAAAUACGCUUUGUGCCAGAAACAGUCUCAUCCCUUUCAGAGAUGUCAUCAUGUCCUACUAAUGACAUGCCACUAGGCAUCUCAGAGUCCACAAGGUAAUGGCACCUGAAGUUGGUAUUCCUAAAAGCAAAGCAUUCUGGUCUGCUUUUUAGCCUCCUCACAUACCCUUCAACUAAGAAAAUGCAACUUUCCAUGUAAUGUUACUUUUUACUUAGGUAUGCACAAAGAGCAGUCAUUUCCAAAGCAAGUCUGGUUUUAGAAUACCAACUUGUUAAAUAAUGUUAUCCUACCGUGUGGCUUUACAAGCAGAGUAUUACUUUGUCUGGGCUUAUAUCAUCUUCAGUGUCUGGGAUUGUGGGUAACAGAGCUGAUCUAGUCAAACCCCAAAAUUUUUGGGGUGACAUAUCUUUUUUAGUGGCAGUAAAUUUCCAUCCAAUAUGGCUUGCACAGAUCCUGCACUGAGCAAUGGUCCAGGCAUACCUGCAGAGAGAGAGAGGCAUCAGCUACAGAAAUGCAUCGCUGUUCCCUAAGCCUACACAGAAACACAUCACCAAGACAGACCUGAGGCAAAUUCUAAAGAUUGAGAAGAACAAAUACCAGAACAAACUUUCUAAUUUGUAUGUUUCGUUAUGGUAAGGCGUCCAUUUUUACAUAUGAGUUAUUUUUUUCAUAUGAGUUAUUUUUUUCCUCAGUGCCAAGAGAAAGUAAUAUUAAUAGGAUUCCUUUACAGAAACUGCUGGUUACCAAGAUCACAUUCUACCUACAGCUGCUUUUCCUUUGUUGUUUGGUAUCACUGUCAACCUAGAAACACACACUUCUGUGAGCGUCACACUUAGGGAAUUGGGGGAGAAGAUAAGAUUUUUAUCAGAUAUUUAAUCAGAAAUACAAGCUGUGUUAUGUAAGAUACUCAGUCCAACUGGCAAGAUGAGUCAGCCUGCCUUUUUCAAAAGAAAAGGCUGACCUAGGAUUUACUGGACAGAAGACAAAGAGAGUUCCUGGGUGGUGUGCUGCUGGCCUGGAGUUAAUACUUUGAAAAACCAAGGCCUACUAGGCCAAACACAGUUGAAUGGUUUCUGUACCUUCAUCUAUUAGAUGUGCUUCAGGUACAGUUUCCCAAGUUAUAAAACAGUUGAUUCAGAAUGAGCUGACAGGACUAGGAAGUUUGGAUGAACUGUGUAACUUUUUUACUCAAAUAGCUGUUUGUAGUCAUUCAUGAAAUGAAAGGCUUGAAAAUUAUCUACUACAGCAACUCUGCUUAAGAUUCUUGAGUUUUUCUGCCCAGUUAAGACAAAACCAAAAAAAGUCACCACCAUGUUACCCAGGAAACCAGCUGUGCUCUGUGGAAGGCCGGCCUAUUAGAUUCAGGUUGCAAGCCUUAUACACUGUAAGCGUCUCGUGCACGUAUCCAUGGGGAUUCACAUAAGCUGCCAUCGGCCCACAUAA